UGGCGUCGCGCCUGCCCUAAACUGGUGGGACCCUUUGUGCGCACUGGUUGCUUCUCCGCCCUCAGCUUGGCUGAACGGCUAACGUCCCGUUUCGCUCCAACCAGCGCAGACCGGGCUGACUCCUCCCUCCUUCGCGACUUCUCCGUGACGUCACCGGGUAACCAGAUUCCAAGCUAUGCGCGCGCUCUUCUUAACGUCCAGCUGCAGAGUUUUAGGUCGCGCGCGCACAAGAUGGCCGUGAUUUUCACGGCGUUCCCUUGUUGUUUGUCAGAAGUUUUCAGGAGUAAACUUGCCCAGGAAUUUCGAAGUCGGGCGCUGGGUAACAUGUAAAGAAGAGCUGCGCGAGUCUUCGCAAAGCGUUGCCACAUUUCAAACGAUAUUCGCUUCCUCUGACGGCUGGUGAGGACGCCGUGUGUUCGUCUGACACUUUGCUCAUGAAAUCAGCCGCUGGCUAACGCUGACUGCCUGUCUGCCCUUCUUUUAGUUAACGCCGCACCGCGAUGAGCUCGAGUCGUGUGAUUCCGCAGCAGCAGCACCAGCCGCCGCCCCCCAUUUUGGGGCAAAGGGGCUCCCGUCCGGAGCCUGCCAUUGAAAUGGAGAUGAUCCAGCAGCAGGAGCCCGGCUCCACGAUGACUCCUUCGCCUCCAGUUUCUUCGAGCUCCAGGCAAGCCUGGAGUCGCAUCAACGCAGGCUUUGAGCCGGAAGAAGAGAUGCUGGAGGCGGACUGGCCUCCUUCCAGUCCGGGCAGGAGAUCCGUGUCCACCGCUUCGAGCAGCAGUAGCGGCAGUCUGGAAACUUACACCCGUGGCGGCGGAGGAGGCGCGGGCUUCCGGGGCCAGAGGGGUCUUUGUCCCACGCCGGCCGUGGAUGCAGGCCCUCCGCAACCGGAGCCGGAGCACGGGGGCUGCGGGAAGAGGCUUUUGCACAAGCUCCGCGUUUUGUGGGGCACACGGAUGAUGGAGGAGAGCAGUACAAGCAGAGAAAAGUACCUUAAGAAUGUGCUUCGUGAGCUGGUUACUUACAUCAUUUUCCUCGUUAUCUUGUGUAUAUUGACCUAUGGGAUGGUGAGUUCAAAUAUGUACUAUUACACGAAGGCUAUGUCUCAGCUUUUCCUGGAUGCUCCACUGUCACCAGUAGAAAAGACCACUUUCAAAACACUUGGUAACAUGGAAGACUUCUGGAAGUUUGCUGAGGGCCCGUUUCUAAAUGGACUUUACUGGGAUGUGUGGUACAAUAACAAAACAAUGGCAGAGAACCAAAGUUUCAUCUACUAUGAAAACCUGCUGCUUGGAGUGCCUCGGCUACGGCAACUGAAGGUCAACAAUCAGUCGUGCUUAGUCAUUGAAGAUCUGAGGGAUGAAAUCCCUGAUUGUUAUGGUGUAUAUUCAGUUGCCAGUGAAGAUGCGUCUCCUUUUGGACUUGGAAAAGGAACUGCCUGGACGUACACUGCAGAAAAAGACCUGAAUGGCAGUAGCUCAUGGGGCCUGAUGGCAAAGUACAGCGGAGGGGGAUACUACCUUGAUCUGUCACGCACUCGGGAGGAGUCGGCAGCACAGAUACGCACUCUCAAGGACAACCUGUGGUUGGAUAGAGGAACCAGAGUGCUUUACAUUGAUUUUUCAGUGUAUAAUGCCAAUAUCAACCUCUUCUGUGUUGUCAGGCUGCUGGUGGAGUUCCCAGCCACGGGCGGGACUGUUACUUCUUGGCAAUUUCAGACAGUUAAACUGAUUCGCUACGUAUCCAACUUUGAUUACUUUCUAGCUGCCUGUGAAAUCGCCUUCUGUCUCUUUAUCAUUUACUAUGUAGUGGAGGAGAUCCUCGAAAUUCAUAUUCACAGACUCUACUAUUUCCGGAGCCUUUGGAACUGCCUUGAUGUGGUCAUCGUUGUGCUCUCCAUAGUUGCUGCUAUUAUUAACAUCUAUCGGACUGUGACGGUGAGUGCUGUACUGAAGAAUUUGCUGGAAAACCAAGUGUCCUUUCCAGACUUUGAGCCAUUGGCUUCAUGUCAGAUUCAGUUGAACAACAUGGUGGCAGUGAUUGUUUUCUUCUCCUGGAUCAAGCUUUUUAAAUUCAUCAACUUCAACAAGACAAUGAGCCAACUCUCAUCCACCAUGUCUCGCUGUGCCAAGGAUAUCUUUGGUUUUGCCAUCAUGUUUUUUAUCAUAUUCCUGGCUUACGCACAGCUUGCUUACCUCGUGUUUGGCACUCAAGUUGAUGACUUCCGAACUUUUCACAGCUGCAUAUUCACUCAAUUCCGCAUCAUCCUUGGAGAUUUCAAUUUUACUGAAAUUGAGGAAGCUAACAGGAUAUUGGGGCCAAUAUAUUUCACAACAUUUGUGUUUUUCAUUUUCUUCAUCCUCCUUAAUAUGUUUCUGGCCAUUAUCAAUGACACUUACGCUGAUGUUAAGGCUGAUUUGGCCCAUCAAAAACCGGAAAUGGAGCUUGAUGACUUCAUUAAGAAGAGUUGUAACAAAUUCUUGGUUAAACUGAGACUGAAGAAAACCACGGUUGACGACAUUUCUGAUAGUCUUCGGCAGACUGGAGGGAAGCUGAACUUUGACGAGCUGCGCCAGGAUCUAAAAGGAAAGGGACACACAGAUGCUGAGAUUGAAGCCAUUUUUGCAAAAUAUGACCAAGAUGGAGACCAACAACUCACAGAACAUGAGCAUCAGCAAAUGAGGGAUGACCUAGAGAAAGAGCGGGAUGACUUGGAUUUGGAUAGGAGCUCCCUGGCUCGGCCAGUUAGUGGACGUAGCUUUCCUCGCAGUUUAGAAGACUCUGAAGAAGAUGAUGACGAAGACAGUGGACACAGCUCCAGACGACGUGGAAGCAGCUCCAGUGGUGUAUCUUAUGAGGAGUUCCAGGUCCUCGUUCGGCGUGUAGAUCGGAUGGAACAUUCCAUUGGCAGCAUUGUGUCCAAGAUUGAUGCCGUCAUUGUAAAGCUGGAAGCGAUGGAGCGAGCAAAACUCAAAAGGAGGGAUGUUCUCACAAGACUUCUAGAUGGAGUCAUGGAGGAUGAGAGGUUGGGACGCGACAAUGAGAUCCACAGAGAGCAGAUGGAGCGCCUUGUGAGAGAGGAACUGGAAAGAUGGGAGGCAGAUGACGCUGUUUCACAGAUGAGCCAACGGCUGGGGACGCCCAUGGGUGCGGUUGGCCAGCCGAGAUCCCGGAGUUCACGUCCCUCUUCGUCGCAGUCCGCUGAGGCAAUGGAGGGAGUGGUCAACGCGGACAGCCACGUGUAACCCACUCUCCUGUUGUUGGUACUGCAGAUCAAAUGGAGGUGACGGGGCUCCUUCAGACUGGCAGGUGCAUUGCCUUUCAGUGGGGAAACAAAAUGACAUUUCAGAAAAUAAAGUGAUGGAACCUUAGUAUUAAAUCUCACAAUUAUAAACUGAAUACAAUUUUUCGUGUAAAAAGAAAUUCUGGUGUGCCAACAUUUUGCAAGUAACCAGUGCAGCUGUGUUAUUGAUUUAGAGGCCCGGCCUUGACUUUUCAUGGCCAGUGGCUCAUUUCAUACCUAACUGUGUUUUAUUAUAAAAAUUCCAAAGCCACUUGUCCAGGAAUAGUAAAACAAAUGCAAAGUGUAUGUGCCACCCAGGACAGACUGAUGUUAUUAUGGUACUUUGGUGCAUUAAGUCUUGUUUAAAAUGUUCAUUGUGUGUUAAUCGCUUUACCGCUCGAGAUGCUCACAAAGCCUUUUCAUGAAUGUUGAUUUUUCUAAGCGAUCCACGCCAUGUUGUUCUUUAUGAGCCUACAGCAAGCUGUUCUAAAGGCCUAAAAUGCCCCCCUAAAAAUGGGCAGACAAGCCAGCGUCCGAUUUGAUACCCGCCUCAGCUCAGGUCGGCCUCUGGGGACCCAGUGGAAUCUUUUCAUGUGUCCCCAUCUUUAAAUCUGGAGAUGGUAAUUGUAGCCACUCACAGAGACGGUGCCAACGUUAAGCUGGUGAGACCUUAAAGGAAAGACAGCAGGCACGCCAGUGUUUCCAGGUACUUGCCAGUCUGCUUCCGUACGAUUGACCAGAUCACUUCAAGCUUUUCAAAACUGUUUGCUGCCCAUUUUUAAAAUAUUUGCUUUGACCCAAAUUCCGACUUGCGCCUCAUUGUAGAUUUAAUUAACGGCUUAUGCCAAGUUGCUCCUGAAGGUAUUGUGUUUUCUUUUUAUUCUGUCUUUUAUAAAAGUACCAAGAAGCUAAAAAGUUUUUAUCAACUUAAGUGUUUUGUUUCAGUGUUUUAUAAGAAUGCUUUUAUGCCAUAGAUGUAGAAGAUUUCUUGGGAUUUUGCUGUCGCCGUCUUAAGAUAGACGCCAUUUUGUUCUGCACUCACAUGGCCGUGGGAGAACUUCCUGUGAACUCAUUUCAGAAGUAACUUGAUUACCUGAAUUAGGUGAGUUGUGAUGUAACACUGACCCUUCACCUCACGUUAUUACUAAAAGGACAAGUGUCCGUGUGUCCGUCUGGUUGCUACGUCUCUGCUAUCCAACAGAUGGCGCAUCACAAGCAUUAGCUCUGCUUUUAUGAAUCCUGCACCACACGUUAUGUAAUGGAGACUCGGCAACUGGAUGGACGCACUGCACUUCAGACUUUAAUGCUGACCUAGAAGACCCCCCCCCCAUCUUAGACGGGCAGUAAAAUAAAAGAAUAACCAGGCUGGCUGGAAGUGGUGCUGUGUCUGAAGUGAAGUCACUCGCGCUUAAUGCAUUUAGUUGGCCUUCUAUUGUCACAGGCCAGAUCUGAGCAAACAUCUUUCAGGCAGCAAGUCCAUAGCAGCCUCGUAUCUCUCUAAUAAAGCGAAGUUAAAAACUGAGAAAAAGCAAAACGUCACAAGUGCUAAUUCUGAAAACUCCCAAAGCCCGUGAACUGCUCGGAGAUGACGCUGGUUUGAGUGCGUCGCCAUUUUGUAAUUGGACUGAACUGCUGGCUCGUGUUAGGAUGUUUUAUCUGCUGGAUCCUCUUUUAGACGGUUUCAUCGAGUUUAUGUUGCACCACGUUAUUCCUUAUAGGCAUAUUGUUUUAUAUAUGGCUGUAACUUUCCUUAACUUUUUAACAAACUUCAUCUUGAAGUGCAUUUAGAUUCAUGGGAUAUCCAUGUGUAUUUGACACCAAGUGUGUUUGCCAUUGGAGACGGCGGCGGUUUUAUAGUCCGUUUCUAUGAAGCUUUUUGUAAUAAAAUGGGAAGAUCGUCUCUUACAGUGUGAUUGUUGUGCCAAUAGCAUUUGAUAAAAAUCUUUUUUUAAAAUUGGGAAGGCUUGUUGUAUAUCAGGUUAGUCUUCAACAUGUAAUUUAAGUAUUAGAUUGUUAAUUUCAAGCACUUUACUUUUCCUAAUAAACUGUCAUUUCAAGACCA